AUGCUUAUUUUAGACUCUGAACCUGCUAUAACCAUUGCUAUAGCCCACGCUGACUUUGUUGGAGGCAGUGCUCGGGAGCUGUCUUUUCGACAGGGCGAUGAAAUUAUAUUAUACAGGCAACUCAGUGAACAUUGGUGGGAAGGUCAAUUGUCCAGCGACCCUACAGGCACACGGGGACUUAUUCCAGCACUCUAUGUCUCUAACAAGGCAGUUCUUAUGCAGCAACAUCUAGAGAAACAGCAACAACAGCAUCAAAAUCUGGUAUUUUUCAUUGCAUUCGAAUCGUAUGGUAUUUACUGA